AUGUCAUCAUCCAAAACAAAAGCAUCUGCUCGUUUAAUAUUACAUACGGAUGUAAUUAUUUUACCUGAUAAUUUAUGUGGAGUUAUUGAAUUUGAAGCAGUAAGAAUGUGUGUAAUUAAAAGUAUAAAAAUUACAUUAACUGGACUUGUGUCAACUAAUACAGACUCUAAAUUUAAUAUUCCAUUUCCACCGAUUGUGGGAAGGGCUUAUAGACCAAGUGUUGAUAAUUCUAUGACAAGACACGUACAACCAUUUUGGACAUAUACACAAGAUAUUGUUGGUGAUUAUCAAGUAAUGGGAAAUGUUUUUUACGAAUAUCAUCCUGGUAAACAUUUAUUUCCAUUUUGUAUUCCUCUUAAGAAUUUCCCACAUUCUGUGAAUGACCCUAGUUUAUCUCAAUCACUUUAUUAUACUGUUUCAGCAAUAAUUUCCAUUAAUUAUCCAGAACUUGUAAGAACAAAUGUUGUUCCUUAUUACAUUUUAUUCAAUAAAGAACCAAAAUAUGUCGUUGGACAACCAACAAAAAUAACAGUUCCAACUAACAGUGAUGUAGAUAUGGAAUUAAAUUUUAAAAGUACUUGUUUAAAAAUUGGUGAUGAACUUUCUUUUAGCUUUCAUAUAUUAAAUAAGUCCAAAUAUGAUCUUGAACCAUCUUUAAAACUAUUAGUUGAAUUUCAAAAUUCAAUUCCUAUAGUAUUAAAGAAAUAUAAAUUGGAAACAAUUCCUUCUAAAAAUACAUUUCUUUCUAUUUUUAAAAAGAAUAUUUCUAAUGAAGUGAAUGAAACAAUUCGUGAAGUUAUACCACCUGGGUUAUUCCCAACUUCAGAUCAUCCAAGUGCAACAGUAAAGUAUAGCGUUUUAUUAUUAGUAAAAGUUGGACCAAAACAAUAUCAAUUAAUGUCUCCUAUUAUUAUUUCACCUGAACCUCCAUCUAAUCCACAAGUUUUAUUUGAUGCCAUAAAUAAAUACCCUGUUAAUGUUAUUGAUAGAACAAAUGAUUUUAGAAUUCCAUUCCAAGGUGUUCAUCCUCCUCCUCCAUUAAAUAUUCCUUUUGCUAAUGGAAUUGAAGAAGUAAGUUUAAAAGAUAGUACUUCUGACCAUUUCUUUGUUGACCAUAUUAAUCGUACAACUAUGUUAACAUUACAAGGAGGUGAACAACAACCACCAUUCCCUUAUCCAAAUUGGAGAAGCGUUGUUCUUCCUCAAGGAUAUGUUAUGUAUUAUUAUCAAAAUGAAUGGUGUUUUAUUAAUCUCUUCAAUAACCAAAUUUCUUAUGUUGACCCUCGUCCUCCUCAACAAAGAAUACCGUUUUAUGCUACUUCAAGUGAACCAUUAGAUAUUAUUAUCAAAAUUAACUCAGCACGUGGUAUCCCAUUAAUUGAAGGAAAAGAACCAGUACUUUCAUUCCUUGUUGAUGAUUAUACAACAACAAAUGAUGCACAAGGGCAAAAACAUUAUGUUAUUAAGAGUCAAACUCCAUCUCUUGAACCACAAUUACCAAUUCAUGAAAUUACUUUAACUGGAAAUACAAAGAAUAGAAUGAAUGUUCUUAUUAAAGUAUUCCAAUCACAUACUUUUAAUGAAACUGUAUAUGGAUAUGCUAAUAUUGAAUUACAAUAUCUUCCAAUGGGAGUAGAAAUGACUGAUUGGUUCCCAUUAAUUGGAAAUGGAGUUGAGUCUCUAGGAAUAGGGGAAAUUAAUGUCAGUGUUUGUAUGAGAAAUAAAAUAAAUCCACAAGAAAUUCCAAUUUGUGUAAAUUGUGUAAGUUUAUUAACAAAAAUGUGGUAUCCAACUGGAAAGAAUAUAACUGUAAUAGAAAGAAAUGAAGAGAAAUAUGGUUCAAAGUAUCGUAAAACUAGACCAUUUAUUCAACAAUUUGAUUAUGAGUAUUAUACCCCUUAUGUUCUUCCUGAUAAAAUCACAUAUCUUCGUUUACUUCAACCAAAUUAA